GGAAAUUGUCUUCGUGAAAGUCUACUUCUCUUCUCCUUUACGCUUAUAUAUAUAUAUAUAUAUAUUUAUUUAUUUAUUUAUUUAUUUAUAUAUGUAUGUGUGUUUGUUACCUCUUUCAGGUGGUUCGUUUCUUGCUUAACUAACUUUUUUCUCUCCUCCGUUUAAAAGAAGGAGGAAAACAUAUCCGGGGGAGAUCACCUCUAACUGUGUGCCUGUUCGGUCGUGAGUGUCAUCGUUGUCGGUGUCACCGUGAGCACGUUUGAGCUUGUCCCCGUCGUUUGUAGCAGCAGCGCACGCGCCAUCAAUUGCUUUUCUCACUCUCUCUCUCUCUUCCACGUCUCCUAUGGUCUGAGGCAAGACGAAAAAAAUCCGGAAAGUCUCGGACUGCUUAAAAAGAACCGAUAAUAGUACUCAAGUAAAAAAAGAAAGGAGUCACUAUUCACACGCUCUCUUCUUUUUUCCUCCUUCGAUACUUCGUUGUCAAUAAAUGGUUUCUUAAGCAGUACUUUUAUUAUCAUUAUUAUUGUUACUCGGCCACUUCUAGCGUUUUUCUUAAAUCUGAACGCUACUAACUUCGUUUUUCUUUUCCUCUUUUUUCUCUCGCGAAAUCACCACGUGCGUGUGUGUGCAACAUUGUAGCCUGCACCGUAAAGACUUUUCUUGUUGUUGCUUCCUUUUGUUGAACACAGACGCGCAUUUUACAUUUUUAAAGCUUAAAGAGGGAAAGCGAACGAUGCAAGGUCUAUCCACGCUCUCGGAGGGUGACAUGUGCUUCUACAAGUCGACCCUCUACCAGCUGAUUCAGGAUGCCCCCAUUGAGGCAAAGCCGGGUCGCGAUAUGAUGCGGACGCUACGCAAGGAGCUGGUGCGCUCCAUGGACGAGGAAGAGUGUCCCGAGUACUGUGCCGCGCUGGCGGACCUGUACAAGACCGUGACGGACACCCUCGUCUCCGCCGCUCACCGCAGCGCCCCGCACGAGCUGAUCAACCGCACGACCGGCGACUGCCGGGUGGUGACGGACGAGGACGAGUACCAGUUCCACCAAGAGGAGGGCUUCUUCGACGACGAUGACGAGGAAGUAGAGAUGGAUUCAAACAGCGACAUCAAGUCCACCGCGAAGGAGGCGGAGCAGAAGCAGCGCAAACGCGAGGAGACGAAGCGGAAGCGCAAGGAGGAGGAGGACAUGCUGGUGAACGAGCGCAAGGUGACGGACGAGAAGGGGAAGCAGUACCAGACGCUCGGACCCUUCCCCGCGCCGCGCCUCUCCGUGCGGGCCCCGACCAACACCUUCCCCAGCCGCAAGGCGCUGCAGCACCGCACGGUGAUCGAGACGCCGUCCUCCACCUCCUCCUCGGACGACGAGGACGAGGAGGAGAUCAACCAGCUGAUGAGCAGCCGCUCCACCGAGGGCGGGGAGGCGGUGAACCAUCUCACGGACUUCAUGCAGCCCCUCUCUAUCGACUCUCUCAAGAAGGUCGGUGAAAGCGCCAAGGCGAAGUUGCGCCCCUCCUCCCCGCACGACGAGUUUGUCUCGCAAAUCGUCAAGACGGCGGUACGACUCGGCUGCGAAAAGGCCUGCGUGUUGAUGGAGAAGCAGAAGAUAAUCGAAGACAUGACGUCACACGUUCAAACAGGACCGUUGCCCUCUGCGGCGAGUAUUGACUUUCUCAAUACGCUGCCCGACCACCUGAAGCAGUCUCUGGGCGGGGUGCUCGGCCUUCCAGAGGAGAAGCCGCCGGUGGAGGACAUGUGGGAGCGCAUGGUGGCGAUGGGUUUUUUGUCAGUGCUCACCAACCUGCGCCUAAAGCCGCUGAAGAAGAUCGCGAACGAGCUCAGCAUCAACCUGCCCGACACCAACUCGACGGAGAAGUUCUGCGAGUCCAUCGUCUUCGCCGCCUUUCCGCGCGAGCGCAUCCGUGCCAAGUUCUCGCGUGCAAAGCAGAAGAAAGUGAAGUUCACCGUACCGCCGGAGAGCAUGAGCAUCAAAGGUGACAUGGGCUUCGUCACCUUCCACGUGAACAACAUCUCCAUGCUGACGAAGGAGUCGGAGCGGCACUACUCCCCUGAGUUCAACUUUGCAAACCUGAAGUGGAGUCUGCUGUGCAUGACGAACAAGGAGUCUCUGGCACUGUACCUCUGCCAGACGGGCAGUGUGCAUUGCAAGUUCCUCAUCACGGUGGUGAACAAGCUAAAUCCGGACGACUCUAUCUGCAACGAGGGCACGCAGAGCUUCUCGGCCAUGUCGCAAGAGAACGACUGGGGCUUCAACAACGUGAUCAAGUUCUCGGAGCUGCUGAACCCCGCGCAGGGCUUCAUCACGGCCGACGACGACAGCAUCACGAUCGAAGUGGGCAUUGUGCUGGUGGAGCCGCUGAAGGCGCCGGCCGCCCGCGAGAAGGCACCGGCGCCGAAGGAGAAGAAGAAUGAGCCGCGCGUGGACAAGAAUGCGAUGCUGCAGCUGCUGGAGGACGAGAAGGCGGAGCAGCUGCGCAAGAAGCUCCGCCAAGAAAUCAGCAAGACGAUUCGAGAGGAGGAAAAGACACGCAGGGAGUUGGUGCAGCGGGCGAACAAAGUCUACCACGACCUCUGCGACCGCCUUCGUCAGGAGACAAAGCGCACCCAGAAGGAAGUGGCCGAUCGGGAGCGGAAGGAGGAGCAGGAGCGGCAACGCGAGCUGGACAAGAUCAAGCAAGCUCAGGAGCACACCGAAGAGCUCAAGAACCGCCUGCAGUCGCUCAAGAAGGAAAACGCGGAGCUGACACAGACGAAGCAGGAGAUGGCGCAGAACGCCAAGGAGGCGAAGAAGGAGAGCGAGCGCCUGGCACAAGAGUUGAAGGCGGUCGCAGAAAAGGUGCAAUCUGCCCAACAGCGCCUCAAGGCCCAGGAGAAGAAGCUGGCCGCGGCAAAGAAGCGCCACGAGAGCAUCAUCGCCGAGGAGCCCGAUACCCCGAGCCCAUCGGACGACGAGAACGAUCUCAUGAGCGAGGACCUGACCCGCUUCAUCAACCAGAUGACGGAUGAUAUGUAG